AUGUCGCUCAGCCACGCUAUGCUGCUGCUGGGCUCAUCAUACAUAGCAGCCGGAUCGAGAGGAGAUGAAGUUACACUGGAUCCUGUGAUGAAAGCCAGCCCCGGAGUGUCCGAAGCCAUUACGGCUGCACAAGACUGGCUUUUUCUUACCGGCCCAUCUCCCCUGGUGGCAGCAACCGCGAGCCGGGCUUGGCUACGUACUCUAUUCAUUUUUGGCCUCGCCACUGUUGCAAUGAUCUUGCAGAUCCGUUCGGCACUCGCUAUCUUGAAGCGAGGCAUGAACCACCUGUCGAAGCUAGAUGAACAGGUUCCACCGGAACCCAUGAGCCCUGCAGCUUUUCAUGCGGCCGCAGAGGAGGCCGCCUCGCUGCAGCGCCAGCGCCUCGCGGAGCACCGUCGCCGCCUGGCCCCUCAGUCCUCUCUGCGCCGUGCCCGCAGCGUGCCGCGGCCAUCGCCAGUAAAGGCAGAAUCGCGGCCACGGGCCCGCAGCGCCGACAGGUAA